GGGUUCCGAUCUUCCGCGGAGUGGGCACACGCUCCCGUGCGAAGCCUGCUUUUCUGAGAAGGCUCACUUCAAAGGCAGCGAUGGCUUUCGAGCAGAUCCUCAAAAAGGACUGGUACAGCAUUCUGGGGGCAGACCCGUCUGCACAUGUGUCAGACCUAAAACAAAAGUAUCAGAAACUCAUAUUGCUGUAUCAUCCAGAUAAACAAAGUGCAGAUGCGCCAGCAGGAACCAUGGAGGAAUGUAUGCAGAAGUUCAUUGAAAUUGAUCAAGCAUGGAAAAUUCUAGGGAAUGAAGAAACCAAAAAGAUGUAUGACCUGCAGCGGCAUGAAGCUGAAUUAAGAAGUAUGGGGCCAGUAGACACACAAGUCUACCUUGAAGAAAUGUCCUGGAACAAAGAUGAUGGGUCUUUCUCUCUGACCUGCCGAUGUGGGGGAAAAUACACUGUCUCCAAGGAUGAAGUGGAAGAAGUGAACUUAAUUUCUUGUGAUACGUGUUCACUGAUUGUGGAACUUCUUCAUCAGCACUGAACCGCGCAGUCCUACAGUCAUUUAACUAAGUCAGCAUGGUCCAGAGGCCACUCGGGCUUCAAGGAAACAGAUGCUGUCUUACUACAUGUAUAAAUUGCCAAGAUAGUAUAAGAUCUUCAAGCAAAGGCCACUUUAGAUUAACAAAUUAAUUCAGUAUUAUAUAUAUAUAUAUAUAUUUACAGGAUAUCACAAAAAGGACUUCGAUUAUAUUUCUGAAUUUUUAUCUAACUUUUGUUUUCUCCUUGGUACAAAAUAAUAAAGUAUUUAUUUUUAUAUAGUUUAUGUUUUUAGUUUUUACAGUUUAUUCUUUAUAGUUACUAAGGGUUUUGUUUUUUGUUUUAAUCUUUACAAUGCGUGUGCUUGUGUGCCUGUGUGUGUGCCUAAGGCACAGGACAAUAAGUGAGUCUAUGAGGAGCUGAUUUUUCUCUUCUUUCCCCAUGUGGUUCCCAGAGGUCAUAUUUGGGUCCUCAGCCUCGUGGUGAGUGCCUUUACCGGCUGGACCAUCUUGCUGUCUCUAAUUAGGAAGCUGAUGUAGACGAUAGUGCUCUGAGUCACUGAAGUUGUAGCCUAUUGUUUAUCUAUUUCACAUUCCCAGGCAUUUACAUAAGAUUAGGAUUUUGUGAACAAAGUGAGAGCCCAGCUCUACCCUAAACAAGGCUGGCUAUGACCACUCAGAUGUUAUUUGAAAGCUGGUAAAGAAGACUAAGUGUUAGAAAACGUGACUCUAAUCCUGGCCCUGGGUGUCUAAAGCUCGUUAACAGCUUAUCUUAACUUCAGAUCGAAAUUAGGAAGAGAAAACUUUAAAAACUUGGCAUUCAGAUUGGACUUUUAAUUGCCUCCAUUUAGGACUAAGGAGCCAUUCCUUUCCUCAGUGGUGUGGCGAAGGUGAUUUUACAGUGAGUGCUCACUGACUGCAACAGACUCUAGAUGUCAUUCCCGGGUGGCCUCUUUCACAUACCGUUUUGUUUACAGUGUACAUCAGAAUGCAUGUGACAAACACCGAGGCCCUAUGGAGCACCUUUGAUUUCUGUCUAACUCUUGGUGCUGUCAGAAGAACACAGACUGGGAAUGCAUGGUCUCAGACUUCGGUGGAGACAGCUGACAUAUGAGGCACACUUGAGAACAGAUUGCUGUCAUUGGACAAGCACCACCAAAAUUCAAAUAUGAGGUUAAGAUUUCUCAUCCAAGAUAUUCUGAUAUCAUAAAAUCAGAAGGGAAACUUGUU